AUGCAUCGCCACGGCAUCCGCUGCAGGAGUGCGCUCGGGGAAGCCGCCAAUGCGGACCACAACGCCGUCAAGACGUGUAAGGAGAAGCUCCCCCAGCUUCUCAUGCACAUGUCCGUCACCCCGAAGAACGUCUUCAAUCUCGACGAGAUAGCACUGUGGCUGUCCGUCCUUCCGCGGAAGACCCAUGGCAAUGGACGUGUGGCUAGGCGUAAGAAUGCCAAGGAACGUCUCACCGUCGUGUUCCUUUUGUUCACUCAUUUUAUUGAGCAGGUGCACGCCGCCAUGUUUGCGGAGAAGCGACAUAUUGUGAUCUUGCUCGACAAUGGCAUCAUCGCCAUGGUUAAGGCGCGUUACCGCGCCCACUGGCUGAAAGAGUUCACGGCCUACUGGAAGGAGCUCGGCGGCACGACCGCCAUGGUGCGUUUUCGCCCGAACCUUCGUGACGUCUUGGCGUGGCUCUCCGAUGCUUGGAUGAACAUCGGAAAGCGCACCAUCCAGCGCUGCUGGUGGCGCACGAGGUGCCUCCCCCUGUCUUGGCGGUUGGAUCUUGCGCACGUGGGCGAGACCGGCGACAAGGGUGAAGCCGAGAUCGAAAUCAACGAGGGGAUCGCAGACGUGGGAAUUCUCAUUGAUCGCCUCGCCCUCGGCCCUAGCGCGAUGCCUACCGCGGAGUUUGUCGCCGUGGACAACUACGCGCCCACUUGCGCUGAGCGUGGUGAAGACCUGCUGGCGACUGAGCCAGAGUCGGACACGGCGCGCUCCUCAUGGGAGGCGCCACUAGACACGAUGGCGGUGUGCGAAGACGCCAACCCGGAGACGCGCGAAUUACGUCGCACAGCGAGAGCUGCUUGCGAAAUGUUGAUCGGCUACGCGCGGGCGAAAAACAUCACACCUCGUGACCUUUGCACUCUUUUUGACAUCCGUAACCCGGUAAUCGUGCAGCGACUGGAGCGUGCCAUCCCGCGCCUUAAUCUCAACGUGUCGGCGGCUGGCUCCGCACCUGCUUGGCGCGGUCGCGUUCUGCCGGCUUGGAUGACGACGCCGUCGCAUCGCCAGAAGCUCCUGGAUGCUGGUGUCACAGCCGUCAUGGACGGCUAUGUGGCGUCAGCGGAAUGGGUUCGCAUGUAG